AUUUGCAAGUCAAAGGCGCAGCCCGGCCCCCUCUGAGCGAGGCCCUCGCAGACCCCGGCGCAGUGGCAGCCCCAGGCAUGGAAAGAACGGAACCACAUGGAUUUCUCGCAACUGAUGCUUUUAGUCUUAAUAUUGCGCGCAGGACUUUAUCGAGGAGGGGUCGGUAUCUAGUCACCAUCGACACCUUCUCUAAGCUCGCUGGAGAUUCCUUGACCUCAGAGUCCGGGGAGGCACCCCUCAAUCCAGCCCAAGACCGACCAGAACCCGAGGCCCCGCACGGGCGUCGCCAGAAGUAAUAAAUAAUUUAAAGAAGUUUAAAAAUUAUAAAAGGAAAAACCUGAAUGAAGAUUAAAAGAAAAAAUCACAUGUUUUAAACUCACAGUAUUAUUGCAAUGUACGUAUUUAAUAAGUAUUUGGUAUUUGUUACAUCUUCACUUUUACUCUUCAGUUCCCAAUGCUCUUGCACAAAGAAGAUAAUCAAUGGUCGCACUGCUCUCGAGGGAGAAUUUCCAUUCGUGGUCAGCAUCCAGUGGAAAACCAUAUAUCUCCAAAGGUGUGGUGGAGUGAUCGUAAACAGGAAUUUUAUAAUUUCCGCUUGCCACUGUUUUCGCAUAUUCAACAAAGAAGGCCAAGGGGAACCCAUCGAGUUGACCCAUCUGUUCGUUACUGCGGGUAGCCUAAAUAGGAAUCCAAUCAAGCCCGCAGUGACACGCUCCUUGGAAUUGGCCUUUACCCAUCCCAAUUGCUACAUGUCCGCGGUCAUCAGCUACGACAUCGCCUUGGCCAAGGUAACCAUCCCGUUUCAGUGGAAUCCCCGACUUAGGCCCGCCUCUUUCACUUCCUUGGACAAAGAUGAGAUAAUGCUGAGGGUGAAGAGCCACGUACAGAACAAGACCAUCUGCCAGACCGUCGGCUGGGGCCUGAAAGUGAGACCGCUCUACGAAGGAGAGCAGGGUGGGAUCUUCGCGAUGGCCUUACAAGUCGUUGACGCUAGGGUGUUUUCCUGGGAUUUCUGCCACGAGGUCAUAUGCAACCAGAACCCGCUGUUAUGCAGGCUAGAAUACCUCUACCCGAUGGUCUGUGCUCAGGGCGUGACCCACCUGAGCGACGUCUGCAUCGGAGAUUCGGGGGGCCCUUUGGUCUGCGCCGACGAAGUAUACGCGAUUGUCUCAUGGGGCCAGUCAUGCUUAUCUGGAGAUGUUCCGGUUAUGUACCAGCCGAUUUACGACGCACUAGACCUAUUCGGGAACAUACUCUUGCAAAAGCAUUAUUAACAUUGCCUAAAAACAUAUGAUUUGUUUUUUAUUGUUCUUCACUUUGAUAUGGCAUGCGAAUGCACGUAACUUAAUGGGAGUACGUAACAACCAAUCAAACGCGAGAACAUUGUUGAGAGACAACGUUGAAACUUUAAACCAUUCAUAAGAAGGGUAUAAAGAGCAAUUAUGGAGUUAGUGAACGAAACAUAGAAUAUAAAAUUAGAAUAGAAAAUAGAAAAUAAAAAAAAGACUA